AUGACUUCCACUACCGUUUCUGCUCAUGAUGACUCCUUCGAGCUGUAUGACUUGAGAGUCGAGGUUGUUUGUCCGCCAGGCAAGAAGAUCAUGUGUGGAGCGAAAGAAGGCGACUACUUCACAUUGAAGGGCGAGAUGCUUUUCCUACCACCAGACCAGGGUAUCAGUAUCUACAGCCUUGCAUCCGUCCUUCCGCUGCUACCGGCUAAGCAAAGGGUGACGUCUCCCAACGACUGGAUGACUACAGAUGCACUUAUCGCUUGCCCUGAUCCCAACUGUCCUUCGCAACUGAAGAUAGUCAAGGAAGGGAUUCGAAAGUUCAGUCAUGCCGAGACGACUGUUGUUCCUUUGACUGGGAAUUCGGGGGCCUGA